AUGGCGUCAACCCUAGUCUACGAUUCUCCGCCUCGGCCAACGCUGGUCCGGUACUGCCAGCCAGAGUCCUGCCCUGCACCAGUUAACGUACAGCUCCAACCACGGCGCAACGCCAGCUCCACGACUUAUCUGGAUCUUAGCGACGGCCCAGCAGGCGGAAGCCGAAUAGCUCGGCAGCUCGAGAAAACCUUCAAUGAAUCUCAUGAAGGAGGACCUUCUGUUGAUGCAGUCCUCGACACGCUCUUUCCUCCAUUAAGAUGGGUCGAGGGCGGCACUCUGUUUACUCAACACAUUAGCACGGCUCCGGCAGAUCGCCUGGACGUGUUGAAGACGCAGGAGGACUUGGACGAAGAACUUCUACGGAGGCGCGCCAGCGAAACCGGAAUUUGCCCCAUACGAUACGAACUCGUCCUCCAGUGCUUCGAUGAACUAAUUCGUCAUAUCGCCAUUCAGGGUCCAGAAAGAGCAUUGCUGCUGCUUAGACUGAAAGAAGAAGCGCGUAUGACGAUAGCUGCUUAUGAGGCACUUUCAGAAGCAUCCGUCAACUUCUCUUUACGCAAGCAACUCCAAAGCGAGUUUGCUGUCGGAGACCGUGAACAGCGCAUCGCAGCCCUUGAAGAGGAAAAUGCCCGUCUGCGUGCCAAAGCGGCUGGCCUCAAACGACAAGCGGAAGCCAUGGAAGCGCGAGAGUCUUCUAAACUUCAGGUGCUGCGAGCGAAGCAUCGCGCUGAGGUCGAGUUUCUCAACCAGCAACUCGCAUUCCAAGAGAAUGUCCUGCUCAGCACGCAGAGCAGCAGCGGCAAAUCCGCGGGUGGUUCUCCGCAGUAUCAGAGAAAAUGA